CUUUUAUAUACUUGGAAAGUUUUAUAUAUUUUUAUACUAUUUCACCUAUUCUCUUUCUCUUUUCUACAUUUCUCUAAUCUUUGUCACUUUGUUUUGUAUCCCCCCUCACUUUUCACACCUUGUAUAUCCGAAUUGAUCAUACCUCGAUAAUUAUCUUGUACGAUCCAAGAUAGCAACCCAAGUCGUUUACCUAGUGGGCUGAGCUCUCGCGUCGAUGUCGAGAUCUCAUCAUAGCUUCGCGCUGGCAAACCCAGUUUGUUUCAGAACGGGCUACUGCAGUGAAGCCAAGCCUGAAUAUUUCCACUGUGGAUCUGGAACUGACGCUAUCAGAAGAGGCCGAGCGAACAUGAUUCGCCUCGACUCUGUUACGGUUUCGUACUUGGCCAUUUCCAUGGCAGUAUUUUCAUCCAGUUGCAUAUUCAUGGCUCACAUCAUAGCCGUUGCUAAUGUCAUCACAAACCCAGAUUUCGAAGGGCUGACAUCAUCCCACAUCAACAUGAUAUCAGCUGACAUGUUCCUCAAGUAUUUAUGGGACGCAUGUGGCUAUGUCACUAGCUAGCAUUUUGGGCUAUAGCCUCAAACUUUGUACUUUUGUCUACAAAUGAUGUAUUGUUAUUUUACCAAAUCUAUUACACAACAUCUCUCUUA